AUACACGAAAAUAAGCACGAUGAAAGGAAAAAAAUUAAUAGUCGGUUAUAGUUAAGGUGUACGAUCGACCGCAUUAUCGAAAAAUAAAUAAUGCUGCGCACGCUCCUUAAAGGGAAGUUGAUUUUCAUAGUACCUGGCGGCUAACGCAAGUCAUAACAGAACACUCUGAACGGGGGUUGUUCAGUGUCGUCUUGACAGUAGUUGAGAUUGGAGUUGAAUCUGCUUUCUUAUAUUACAUAUAUAUACAUAUAUAUACGUAUAUAUAUAUGUAUAUAUAUAUAUAUAUAUAUACACACACACACAUAUAUUGUUGCACGUUGUCCAACAGAUAAUCUAUUGUUAUAUUUUAGACUACGUUCUACUACAAAUUCUAUUUGUGUUUUGGAGCGACAAAAAAGAGGAAGAAAAAAAUUGAAAUAAAGGAGAAACGGUCGAACUAUACGCGAUGAAACGAAAGGGAAGGUUACUCGACAUAGAAAUAGAUCGGUUAGCAGCGCAUGUAAUCUGCCUUUGAUCGUUUCACGGUAGAUCAGCUUCGAUAUAUGAAGAGUAUACCCUUAAAUCUCUGUUCUACACAUAUAUUUUUAGCACGUGAAUCGAACGACUCACGCGAAAUGAUCAGAAAUCGUUCGAUUUUCUUGUAUAUACAUUUCGUUCCUAUUUUUGUUAUGAACAUGCUUGUUAUAUUGAAAUCGCAAAUUGAUCGGAAUUAAAAAGAAGAAAAAAAAAAAAAGAAAACAAGAAAGAAAGCUAUCGAGAAGGAAAAAACAAGCAACGAGAGAAACGAUAAUCAAUAAUCAAAUAUCACGAAAAAUUUUCUUAAAUUUGCGCUUCUUUUUUAAAUAGAAAAAUGGCUGAUCACGAAAGAAUCAGAUUGGUGAUAUUAGGUGGUGCUGGUGUUGGGAAGAGCGCAAUUAUACGUCGUUUGCUCGGUCAAGGAUUCAGCGAAAGAUACAGACCUACGGUCGAAGAUCUCUAUACGAGGGAAUGCGUUCUCGGUACGCUUACUCUCAAAGUUGAUCUUUUGGAUACUGCGGGUGACUUACAAUUCCCAGCUAUGAGAAGAUUGAGCAUAGCUACGGCACAUGCGUUUCUUCUUGUUUACGCUACGACAUCUUUGCCUAGUUUCGAAUGCAUAAAACGAUGUUUUGAAGAAGUGAGGGAACAACGACCGGAUUUUCAGGAAGUACCGAUAGUCGUUGCUGGAAAUAAAUUGGAUCUUGCAACAACGCGAAGAGAAGUACCGAUCGAAGAUGUAAGCGAAUGGUUAUAUUGCGAAUUGCCGAAACUUCGUGCGAAAAUAAUGGAAUGUUCGGCUAAAGAUGAUUAUAACGUUAAAGAUAUUUUCCGAUGUUUCAUCACUUUAUCUAAAAUCGUUCCAAAAAAUCAUGUUGGCGAAUCAGACGAAUCGGGACUUCGACGGAGAUGUUCCGCAUAUGGAUCGCGCAGAAGCGAUCGAGUCGGUAGAUCUGGCAGUCCACACGGUAGAACCGGAAGUGCCGGCUCUGUUGGUAAUUCUCAGCAAGUGGUCCCAGCACAAAGUACAAAUGUCGUCGCCAUCAAUGAGGAGGCGAAGAGCAAACCGCGCAGUCGUAGCUUAAUUCGACGCACCUCGCGAAAAACUAAACAACAAAUUAGAGACACUUAUACGGAUGAUUGUAAUAUCUCUUAAUUACACACAC